AUAAAGAGGGGGGGGAUAGAUGCACAACAGCAGCAAAGAUGGAUGUGAUGGGAAAGCUGAACUCAAUACAGGGAUCCCUGCAAGGCUGUAAGCUAAGAAGGGCACAGGGGCUGUGAAAUAUGAAGGUUGGGGAUGGUGUGCUUCUAAUUCAGUGAUUGGAUCUCCCCUACACAAGGAACCAGCAGCAGCUGACAGAGGGAUUGUGCUGAAGACAUCUGGAUAAUUCUGACAGCUGCUUGGCUCAUUUCAUAGAAAGGUACAGCAAUCCUCCAUCCAGGCUCCUGCUAGGGCGAUGGGCAGCACAAUGCACUAACAUUCCCUUUCUGCUUUUAUUUAUCGACAUCACAUCCAACUGUGGCUGAGCAGGGGGGUGACGGAUUAAAGGAAAACAAGCUAUGCAUUCCAAAGAGAAAUAAUCCCCUUAAUUAUUUGUAAUAUUUUUUUUCUAUUUUUUUUUUAUUAUUGUUUUAUUUUAUUUUUUCCCCAGGCUGAGAUUUAUGCAUUGUCUUUUUUUUUUAUCGUUUCUUUUUUUGUGGCUAUUUUUGAUACACGUCAACAUAUUAAGUACCUACUUAGAAUGAUUACCGAGGGAUGUUUUUAUAUAUGUGUGAUUUAAACAGGAUUUUUUUUUUCUCUCUCUUUUUUUUUUUUUUCACCACGAGUCGUGUCUGAUUGACGAUACAAGAUCCAGGCUCUGAGAUUACAUCCUGUACUUUGAUUAAAAACAACAGAUUGCACGAGAGGACCAGGGGAGGAAAAGAAAAUAUAGCUAAAUAAUAAUCGUAUCUUUAACCUGUUGAGGGAUUAUUGGAAAAAUUAGCCUUCCAACAAAUUUUCGCAUGUUAAGCGCUAAAGACUGGCAACAUUUAGUAUUCAUUUUUUUCAGCAUAAAGCACACUUUAUAUUUUUAUAUUACUUUGGAAACAUAAUCCUUUUUAAAACAGAAAUGGACUACUUACCCUGUCUCAAAGAUAAAUUACCAACAGGAUGGGGUAUUGAAAAGUAGAUCUAACAAUUCAUUGUUAAUAAUCUGCUGCAAUAUUUAUUAUACAGGGUCUCACUAAAGACCUAUGGAGGUGUGUAGAAAUUAAUGAGCUAAGGGAAAAUGCAUGGAGUUGGCUAGAGAACUAGGGUAAGCUUACUUCAUCUUGUACAAGCCAUGCCUCUUAAUAUCGGUGAGAGGUAGAGUGUAGAACGAUUCCACCUUUAAGAAGAUUUGAGAAUCCUCUACUAUCCUGCAGUGUCUCUUUUUUUGAGGAAUAUAUAGUUGAUGGAACACUAAAUCGAAAGCAAAGAUGCCUCGAAAUAGAGCCUUCUCUGAGCCUGAGUACUCAGCUGAGUACUCGGCGGACUACUCAGUCAGCCUGCCCUCAGAUCCAGAACAUGGGGUUGGAAGGACACAUGAGGUUACACUAAGGAGCUCUGGCUGUUGCCUCUGCUUGCCUCGCUUUAUGCGUCUCACCUUUGCACCAGAAUCAUUGGAAAACCUCUACCAGACAUACUUCCGAAGACAGCGCCAUGAAACACUCCUGGUAUUAGUGGUUUUUGCUGCCCUCUUUGACUGCUAUGUCAUCGUCAUGUGUGCCGUGGUCUACACCCAGGAUAAAUUGGCUUCAACCUUGGUGGCUGCAGUAGGGUUCCUGGCCCACCUCCUGCUGUUUGUCCUAUGCAAGUUUGGCCUGUUGCCUGACCGUAUCUCCCGAAAGUUUGUCCCUUACAUCCUUUGGAUCUUGAUUGCUGCUCAGAUCUUCUCAUAUUUGGGCCUCAACUUCGCUCAUUUCCAUGAGGCCAGUGACACUGUGGGUUGGCAGGCCUUCUUUGUCUUCUCCUUUUUCAUUACUCUACCGCUCCGGCUCACCCCCAUUGUCCUGAUAACCUCCGUCUCAUGUGGAAUUCACACCUUGGUACUUGGUGUAACCAUAGCCCAACAGCAACAAGGGUCCAUCAAUGGCAAUGCUUUACUACGACAGGUGUUAUCCAAUAUAGCCAUCUAUCUUUGUACAAUCACCGUAGGGAUCAUGUCCUACUACAUGGCAGACAGAAAACACCGUAAAGCCUUUUUGGAGGCACGGCAAUCUCUGGAGGUCAAACUCAAUCUGGAAGAACAAAGCCAGCAGCAGGAGCGGCUGCUGCUCUCCAUCCUCCCUAAACACAUCGCAGACGAGAUGCUGAACGACAUGAAGAAGGAGGACCAGAAGCAGAAGGAACUCCAGCAAUUUAACACCAUGUACAUGUACCGACAUGAAAACGUCAGUAUACUCUUUGCCGACAUAGUAGGCUUCACACAACUAUCAUCCUCCUGCAGUGCCCAUGAGCUGGUGAAGUUACUAAAUGAGCUCUUCGCUCGUUUCGAUAAACUUGCUGCGAAAUACCACCAACUUCGUAUCAAGAUUCUGGGUGAUUGUUACUACUGUAUAUGUGGCCUGCCUGACUACAGAGAGGACCACGCCGUCUGCUCAAUCUUGAUGGGGUUAGCCAUGGUCGAUGCUAUAUCCUAUGUGAGAGAGAAGACAAAGACAGAUGUGGACAUGCGUGUGGGAGUCCAUACGGGAACUGUCAUUGGCGGGGUUCUGGGACAGAAACGUUGGCAGUAUGAUGUGUGGUCUACAGAUGUCACUCUGGCAAACAAAAUGGAGGCCGGUGGUAUUCCUGGACGAGUUCAUAUCUCCCAAAGCACAUAUGACUGUUUGAAGGGAGAGUUUGAUGUGGAGCCCGGUGAAGGAGGCACGAGAUGUGACUAUCUGAGGGAGAAGGGCAUUGUAACUUACCUUGUUGUACUGCCAAAGCAACCUCUUAACAAGAACGGCAUCAAUGGAGUGAAGCUGUCGUUGACAUCGUCACAUGGAAACUCUCCACAACUGAUUAACACCAAGGAGUGCAAUGGCAGUAUCCACACCACUUGCACCACUCCCGACGAGAAUGAAGAGCUGGACGCUAGGGUAGUAAACCCAUCAUUCCCCAAUCCUCGAAGGAGACUUCGUUUAAGAGACUUGGCCGAGAGGGUCAUUGAUGCCCAACAGAAUGAGCAGGAGUUGAAUAAGUUACUGAAUGAAGCUUUAUUGGAGAGAGAAACUGUGCAAGUUUUAAAAGGUAAAUACACCUACAGACUGUCGAUGAGAUUCAUUAACCCGGAGAUGGAAACGCGUUUCUCUGUUGAGAAGGAGAAGCAGAGUGGAGCUGCAUUCAGCUGCUCAUGCGUUGUGUUGCUCUUCACGGCUAUUGUACAGAUGCUUAUAGACCCUAUGCUGGUGGCCAACUACGUGACCUUUGUCAUUGGUGAGAUUCUCCUCUUGGUCCUGACUAUCUGUUCACUUGCAGCCAUCUUCCCCAGGGUAUUUCCCAAGAAGUUAGUUGCAUUUUCUACGUGGAUUGACCGAACAAGGUGGGCAAGAAACACGUGGGCCAUGUCUGCCAUCUUUAUUCUCACCAUGGCGGACAUAGUGGAUAUGCUCAGCUGCCUGCAGACUUACUCAUCCAGUUACAACAGCUCGUCUCUGGCAGACGACUCAUGGGGCUGUGUCGAGAACCCGAAGUAUUACAGCUAUAUCGCUGUACUCGCUCUCAUUGCCACCAUCAUGCUGGUCCAGGUCAGCCACAUGGUCAAACUGACUCUCAUGCUGAUGAUUACAGCUGCCGUCGGAGUGGUCAAUAUUUAUGCCUGGAAGCCGAUUUUCGAUGAGUACGACAACAAACGUUUCAACGGCUAUGUAACGUUCUUGGUUCCAUCCAAAUACUCCAUGACUGUAAUGAUCUUUAUAAUGAUGCUCAGCUUCUACUACUUCGCCCGACACGUGGAGAAGUUGGCCAGAACCUUGUUCCUGUGGAAGAUUGAUGUCCAUGAGCAGAAGGAGAAGGUAUAUGACAUGAGGCGCUGGAAUGAAGCUCUGGUCACAAACAUGCUGCCAGAACAUGUGGCCAGGCAUUUCCUGGGGUCCAAGAAGCGAGAUGAGGAGCUGUACAGCCAGUCGUAUGAUGAAAUUGGCGUGAUGUUUGCAUCCAUUCCAAACUUCUCUGAUUUUUAUACAGAAGAGAGCAUCAACAAUGGGGGCAUUGAGUGUUUGAGGUUUCUUAAUGAGAUCAUAUCAGAUUUUGACGCAUUACUGGAUGAGUCUCAAUUCCGGUGCAUUACCAAGAUAAAGACCAUCGGCAGCACAUAUAUGGCGGCGUCUGGCGUCACUCCAGAUUCUAAUACCAAUGGCUACAACAAUACCAUAAAGAAAGAAGAAAUCUCCGACAAAGAUCGCUGGCAACAUUUAGCUGACCUGGCGGACUUUGCUCUCGCCAUGAAAGUGACCCUAAUGAACAUUAAUUACCAGUCAUUCAAUAACUUCAUGUUGCGAAUAGGUUUGAAUAAAGGAGGAGUGUUGGCCGGCGUUAUUGGAGCCCGCAAACCACAUUAUGACAUCUGGGGGAACACCGUGAAUGUGGCCAGCCGAAUGGAAUCAACAGGAGUCAUGGGAAACAUACAGGUUGUAGAAGACACACAUGAUAUCCUCAAGGAAUACGGCUUCCGCUUUGUUAGAAGAGGUCCCAUUUAUGUCAAGGGCAAAGGGGAACUUCUCACUUUCUUCCUGAAGGGACGGGACAAGCAGGGCUCAUUCAUUAAUGGCUCAUCGGUAACUCUCCCACAUCAAGUUGUGGACAACUCUUGAUAGCUGGUCGACUCCACCAGCAAAAGUCAUCAAGAUGAAAGACAAAAAAAACGUCAAUGCAGACUGACACCUCAGGCACAGAUGUCCUACUUCAGAACUUUAUAAUCGAUCUACUCUAGAUUUUCUAGUUACACUAGAAAAGGAAAAAAAAACUUCAUAGACUACACAUAUUAAGAAAAAACAAACAAAAAAACUUUCAUUAUUUUUUUCUGGAGUUGCCUUUUAAACUUAUCUGCUUGACAUCCUCUGACUCUACAGCACUCGCUUCUUGAGACAGAUUUUCUCCUUCUGAAACAAGCAUUGACAUUCGCUGUCCUAAAACCACGACAAGAGGACACAGGGCCGAAAGCACCACGUGUGAUACCAGCAGAUCGUGUAGACACAGGACUAUGGAGGGUAAUACAGGAAGUACAUGGAAUGUAUAUCUUCAUCCAGAAUGUAGACUGUGGGCAUAGAAAUCCACUUAAUGCGAGGGACUGCUGGACUGAGGACAUCUUCUCAAUGGAACAGGACAGCCUGAAGUCGAGACAGAAGUGCUUGCUUAGGGAUAGUUUGUUAUAAUAAUAAUCUACCCACUGUGUAGUUAGGAGGAAUUCAAAAAGUGCAAUAUAUUUCAUUACGUUUGGAUUAAAAACAGAAAAAAUAUAUCUAUAUAUGAAUAUUGACAACAAAGUUUGAAACACACAAACACACACACAUUUUUAAAAAUUCUAGUUAUAUUUUUUAACAGUUGGCUAGUAUUUACCUUCUAAAUACGACCCGCACAUUGCCCACUGCACCUUUCAUCUGGCUUUAAACUCCUCGAGUGCUCUCAGUGUGUCUAACACAUCACUAGAUGCUGCACACACUCACCAGACACACAAAUUAGGAGAACUUGCAGGUUUUUCAGAACGUUACGAAACAUACA